UUGCUGGUGUUGCUAUCAAAAGUCCCCCGUAUAUGUUUCUUAUCUUUUGCACACUUUUUUUUACUUUUUUGUGCCCACACGACCGAGCAUAGUUUCUAUUUGGGAAAAUGAUGUCUGACAGGAGUGAGGAUUGACAGCUUCAAUGGCUGAGUCUUAUAUAUCGUAGCAUAUAUCAUAGCAAAUAGCAUAUCAUGGCGGGCGCUGUCUCUUAAAAAAUUGUAGAUAACAAAAAAAUUCACGCACUUUGAGACGAAGUGAAAUCAGUUAAAAGAAGCUAAACCUAGAUUUUUUCCGUAAAAUUAGUCGUUACGUCAACUCUUUUGUACGCCAUCUAGCGCUGAAAGAAGAAAUAAAGAAAGUAAACAGAAACAUUGCGACUAGCCGCCAGCUGUCAGAUGAAUGUAGCACGGCAGACUUUCAAUUUGUCAACACAGAUUGUUAUCCAUCGAUAUUGCUAAACGUUUCCAUUAUUGAUGUUAGGUUUGGCUCGUUCUGCGUCCGUUUUGUCGGCUUCAUUGGACGUCACCGACAAUACAUUCCCAUAAAACCUAAUCUUCGAAAACAUCACAAUGGAUCCUUCUAAAACUAUGGAAAUAGGCAAAGACAUCAUCAGCCUCCUUGUAAAGCGACAUAUGAAUUUGAUUGCUGAAAGCAUUCUAUCUUUUCUUGAUGACACCAGUUUAAAAAACUGUGAAGCUGUAUCGAAAACUUGGUAUUUAACCAUCAGAAAUGGAAAACUGUGGAAACACCUAUUUAACAGGAUAUCACAGAGGAAGCCACUUCUUCAGACCCUACUGAAACGAAGAGAGCUUGAGGCUAAACAUGACAUGGAAAAAGACGAAUUCCUAUAUAAAAGGUUAUUGAACUGCCAACAUUCUCUCAGCCAGAAUUGGACAUCAGGAAAGUAUUCAUUAUCUUCAGCAAAUGUUGGUGAAGUCAGUGUUUCCAUUGUUGUGAUGGAUGCCAAAAGAAUCCUUUUUGCCCUGAGGACUUCCCCCUCAGUUCCUUCUUCUAUCAUGGUAUGGAAUCGUUGGACUUUGGAGUCAGAACAGUAUCUGGUGGGACACCAGGAAUGGGUAACAGAUUUGCAGAUCUGUGGAGAACUAAUCUUUUGCUCUUAUUACGACGGGACCAUUCUUGUGUGGGACCUGAAAACGAAAGAAGUUGUCCAGCAGUUUCAAGACCAGGAAGUCGUUGACUGGGUAGUCAUUCACGCCGCUCACCAACUUCUCAUCACCUGCACCAGUAUUGCCUCUGGUCCCAGUGACCGUGACACAUCCAUUACCGUCCGUCGAAUCAAGAGCCCAGCUGAAAUGGUCAUCGAAGCCACCGAAGAAAUCCCAAAUUACAAAGUCUGCAGACUCGUCUCGGACGAAAAUUACUUUGCCGUUUUUCUCUCGUCGUCUGGAGGUGAUUGGAUCAAACUGCAGUUGCGCUCAGCUGCUGAUUUCCGCUGUGUCCGUGAAAUGAAUAACCUUAUCCAAGUCGAGGAUAGUUUCGACUAUCACAGCGGCAGAUUGGUGACCGGGUCGUCCGAAGGAGUCAUCAAAAUUUGGAACCCUGAGACUGGAGUGUGCCGACAGACUUGGAAAUCCACCGAGACGAUCGAUCAGCUUCGCCUCAGUUCCCAGCACAUCAUCGCUCGCCAUUCUGAAGAUACGAAAUUUUUCGUAUGGAAUCUCCCCACGGCUGCCGACUUGAUGAAAAGACAAGAGCCAAACGACCCCGUUCAAAUCGAAACUUGUGAAGAAGUUGGAGUAAUGGACCCGUCCUUUAUUUUUGACGAGCUCCAAAUCAUCAACGUUUCUGUGAAUGAACUGGAACUGGGCAUUCCCAACACGUCUGUAUCGUCGUCUACACUGGUUGUCAGAGACUUUUUGAAAGAAUAAUCUUGUCACGCGCCUUUACACAGAAAAACCUUUUAUGUAUUGUAAGCAAUGCAUGCCCUGUUAUAAAUCAAAUUUCGCCCAAUUUUAUUCUUGUCGGCUUGCCCGCGUCAAAUAUGAUAGGUAGGAGGCCUAUUUUAUGUAUUUUGUGCCGCUUCGAUGCCUUCCACAGCUUAAUUAACUCUGUAGGCCACUUGUCAUCAAAUAAAUAAUUAAAUUAAUUACUAACAUUUUCAUGUUGAAACAACGUGAAACUACUAACAAUUGAUAUUCUUAUUUUCAUUGCAGUGCGUGCAUCACAGCCACCUGGCGUUUAUAGGUAUUGCCGUAUUGGAGUCAAUAAAUUAUACAGUCCGGUAUUCUUUAAUGGCCGUUUGAUAUUAAAACUUUGGGUUUACACUUUGCUGCAAGUUUUGAUGUAAGAUUUUAUUUUUGGCCGUGAUUGGAAUAUUUGUAUCUCGUUUAUUUAAUACUUGGGUUGACUUUAUAAUUCAAGACAGUUGUGUGUUUACAAAGUUGAAAGAUAACGAGUACUCCCGCAGUCAAACACCAACACUAUAGUGAGCACAGUCGUCUGUUGCUCAAUCUUAAAGUCUAUCAGUUUUCGUUAUCAUUAAAGUCAAAUCGAGAAAAAAGGAUAACGCCUAUACACGUUUACUCCGACGUGACGUCUGAUUGCGCAGCAACAGUAAUCCCGUCAUAUACCAUUGUGAGUGCAGCAACAUCGACUGGAAAUCAUCACAAAGAUGUUGGCCGUUGGACGAGCGUCCCCUUCCAUUUUCCGGGCACUAUCUUGCAGUAGUGUCGUGCGAUCCUUUUCAUCCGGAAGCGAUGGAAGAAAAAUUCAACUUGGAGGCAUCUAUCCACCAUUGACGACGCCAUUCAACGUCGACGAGACAAUCGCCUUUGAUAAGUUGGCUUCCAAUCUCACGAAAUAUGCUCAAAUUCCCUUCGCUGGAUACGUCGUCCAAGGAUCCAAUGGCGAAUAUCCCUACCUGGAAAAAGAAGAAAAAUUGCAAAUCGUCAAGUUCGUCAAGGAUUUCAUCAAGGAAAGCAACAAGCCGUUGAUUGCCGGCUCCGGCUGUGAAUCUACCAAGGCAACUGUCAAACUGACAGAGGCAAUGGCUGACUGCGGAGCUGAUGCUGUGAUGGUGGUGACACCAGCCUACUUCAAAGUCUCGAUGAAUGAUGCUGCCAUGAUUGCCCAUUACACGACUGUUGCCGACUCUAGUCCCGUACCAGUCAUCUUGUACAGUGUUCCAGCUAAUACGGGCAUCGAUUUGAGCAUCGACGCCAUUCAGGUUCUCGCUAAACACCCAAAUAUUAUUGGACUUAAAGAUAGCGGUGGAGAUGUGACUAGGAUCGGAAGUAUCGUCCAGAAGACUCGGGGGCAAGAUUUCAAGGUCCUCUCCGGAUCUGCUUCGUUCCUCCUUCCCAGUUACCUUGCCGGAUCGGUCGGUGGGGUCUGCGCUUUAGCCAAUGUGUUGGGAGACGUCCUUUGCCACAUGCAUUCUCUUUAUGAAAGCAACAUCAUCGAUAAAGAGCUGCAACGAAGGUUGAUUGACCCCAAUAAUAUGGUGACACGGCGUUUCGGAGUGGCCGGAAUGAAAGCAGCGCUGGAUCUGUUUGGGUAUUAUGGAGGACCUAAUCGAUCACCUAUGCUCAGUGCCAGUGCAGAGGCUCGGCAAGUGAUUAAGAAAGCAUUUCUUGAUAAUGAAUUUGUUCCACAAUCCCGGUAACUGUAAAAUAAUAAACCUCCUGAAGUUAAUCCCACUGCCUAGAUGUACGGGUGCUAUUUUCGGAUCACAAAGAAAGUCCUUCGAAAAUUUGUAUUAGACACAAUAAAAGAAUUUCUCGAAACUGGAAUAAAAGGUUUUUAGCUCUCAA